AUGGAAUCUUACCUCCCAGCUAUCCCCUCGCAAGCUUUCCCAUCAUCCGCUCACUCCCACUCGCACUCCCACGCACCUCAACAUUCGUUAUUCACACCUGAGUUUGGUCUACCAUUCUACACAAAAGGUACCAACACGUAUUACGGUACACCUCAUACCCUUCUCAGAGCCCAAUUUCCUGGUCAAGAGACUUUCUCAGAGCGAGCAGAUACUUCUAUAUCGACCGAGCGUGAACACGGACAUGGACAUGAAGAUCUUGAACCUGACCUUACUUUCAUCCCGAGAGAUGAGCAUUCGGAGCUCUCGAUCAACUUCAAGGACGAUGAAGACAUCCAUUCGAUAGAAUUUCCCCUUUCAAAGAAAGGACAUCGAGAGGUUAAUGGGAAUGAUACGAUUCAUCCUGACUCACACGUACAAGAUGAAUGUAUCCUCCUUGCCAAGCUAUCUAUGGCACCGGGAAUGUUAUGA